GGAGGGAGGGUGAGCUGUCUGCCUGAGGUGUCUGCAGGUAGGUUCAUCCCUCUCAGUCCAUGCAAAGCCCUUGGAGCUGCAGCCCAUGGUGGCCAGGGUUCAAUUCUGCUCCUCCCUGGAUGAAUGCCAGUAAGAAAUCCUCACUUCUCCCUUGUGUGCAGUGUGCCCUAAGCCUGCUGAGGAACUAAUGCCACUUCUGUUCUCUUCUUUCUUUUCCAGCUGCAAUCAGUGCUGCUGCACACCGAUAGGCCAGUGUACUCCUUUAGCUAAUGCAGCACAACCCUUGAAGGCAAGCAGCAGUGGAGAACAAAAAGGCAUGCUGUGCUCGGCAUAGGACUGAGAGUGCAGAGAGAAAGGGGAAUGCUCAAAAUCUUCACCACUGCCGUCCUCACACCAAGAUACAGCUGCUGCUGUUAAAAUAUUGCUCUUCUUGUGCUCUUCUCAGACAAAGCACAAAUGAGAAGGGAGAAUCAAACCGUUCCACCAGGGUUUGCUUUUAUUGGGUUUUCCUACUUUCCUAAACUCCAGGCUGUGCUGUUUGUGCUGUUUCUCCUCAUGCACGUGGUGACCCUAGUUGGAAAUAUUAUGAUAAUGUUUGUUAUCAGGCUGAAUCAGCAGCUGCACAUGCCCAUGUAUUUUUUCCUAAGUGCUCUGUCCUUCUCAGAAAUCUGUUAUACCUUCUCCAUCAUCCCAAAGAUGCUGUCCGGAUUAGUGCUGGGAACUAGAACCAUUUCUUUCCUGGGCUGCGCUGCACAGAUGCAUUUCUCCUUCAUGUUUGGAUUCACGCACUCUUUCCUCCUGACGGUGAUGGGAUAUGACCGGUACGUGGCGAUCUGUCAGCCCUUGCAUUACAGCACCGUGAUGACCUCCCGAGCCUGCACCCAGCUGGUGGCUGCCUCAUGGGCAGGGGGUGGUCUCCUGGGGCUGCUGGUGACCAGCGCUGUGUUCCAGUUACCGUUCUGCCAGUCCCACCGCAUUGACCACUUCUUCUGCCAUGUGCCCCCCAUACUCCAGCUGGCUUGUGCUGGUGGCGAGGUGGUUGGCACUGUAGUUGGCAUCUUUUGCAUUACUGCCUUGUUGGGAUGCUUUCUGUUCAUCCUUCUCUCCUACGCCUUUAUCCUUGGCUGGAUCCUGCAGAUGCCAUCAGCCAAGGGGAGGCACAAAGCUUUCUCCGCCUGUGCCUCCCACAUCACCGUAGUGGUGGUGCACUAUGGCUGUGCCUCUGUCAUCUAUUUGAAACACCAGUCACCCCGUGCUGCAGGAGCUAGUGUUCUGAUUGAUGUGUCUUACACUGUCUUCACCCCCUUCCUGAGCCCCAUCAUUUUUAGUCUGCGAAACAAAGAUAUAAAAAAUGCCUUUUGGAAAUCUCUGAAGAAAAACUUCAUCAUCAGGAAUGCAAAUAUUUGUCCAGGAUCUAGUUUCAGUUACAGGAGUGAUUAUUGCUAAUUUUUAUUUAUUUAUUUUUCCUUUGGUAGUUCCUUGCUGCUUUCGAAAGAAUAGCCAUACUUUUUUUCCAGGCAAAUGAUUCAUUCCUGCAGACGUGACACCUUUUGCACUCACUGGGCAUCACAGGCUGCACUGCAAGGCUUGGCUGGAGCACCUAGGUGUAACUUUUAAUGCUGAAAAUUCAGCGUCAUGCAGAAGCAAGAGUGGACAAAGCUCUCAACACUCCCAGAGGAGACACGAGCCACUUCUUGAGGAGCAGCAGGUGACUGUCUGAGACCUGGUGCAGUAGGCUCUUGUCCCCACCAUAGGCACUCUGACUGAUCCUCUAAGUAUGACUUUGUCUCUUCUGGUGCUGACUGUGAAGCUGGCCUGAGAAGGCUUUGGACUGAUUCCCUUUUGUCUUGUUCAGCUUUUGACAAUUUGCAAACUCAAAAGUGCUCGCUUGAAGACAAACACGUUUUACUAUUCUGCUGUUUUGAAAAACUCACUUCUCUAAGGAAUAUAGAUGUGGAUUUAAAAAGGUAGUUUUAGAGUAUAAGGAUUUUGUUUGAGAUAAAAAUAUUUAUUUAUUUAUUUAUUUCUCCAGGUAUUUGCACUCCUGUUUAUGCAAAAACAAUCAAGCAUUUAAACAGUUUUCCUACAUCUGGAUAGGUGCAAAAUCAUAAAAUACCUCGUUUUUUCUGAACACUGAUUUUCAGGCAUAAUUUCUCCCCCCAUGACAUACGUGUAAUUUCAGCAGGACUAUGUUCUCUCCCAGGGCUACAGACACAAGACAGGGAGAUCUCUGAAUCCACUUGCUUUAAUUAAUAGCUUUGUAAUAAGUAAUUAACCUACCAGUGCUCUUCUGUACUCAGAGUGAAAAAUGAAGGAAGUGUUACUCAGUAGUAGCACAUUUGUGCAUGAUUGUUACUGCAAGUGAGAGGACACCACUUGAAUGUGCUUUCAACAGAACUAAGGAAAAAAAAAAAACAAACAAACAAACAAAUACUGGGUAAAAGUCAUUGUACUUUGCACAGACCAGUAGAUAUAUUUGUUGGCCCAGCCAUAGCUUGAGGAACAGGCAGACUUCCAGGGUCUAACAUCCAGGAUAUGAAACACUACACUGAUUUCAUAGGGACCAAGACAAUGAUGUACAAAAAGAAAUGCACAGAAAGAUGUCAGGAAGGUUGUGUGGGGUUGUUGUCUCCCCAUUUCAUCCCAUCAGUGCACAGGAACCCUUGGUGAGACAGAUCUCAGAAGGGAAGGAUAAGAAAGAGAGAAAAACCCAUCAAAGUAGCCUGAUACCGACAGGCAGUGAGCAUAGUCAGGAGAAGAGGAGCUUUGGACAGGGGUGUGCCAGUGCUGCCCUGGAAAAUUCAGCCUGCUUUGUGCAAAUCUGACAGGACUCUGUUUAAAAAGAAAGUCCAGGAGCCUGCUGAGCUCAGAUCUGAAGGAUAGGUCUGCCCUUGGCCUUUUGGACAGGUGGACAGGGGCUGGAGCAUGGGGAGGUAGGAGUAGGGCUCUGGCCAUGUUGGCACGUUCCACUUUGUGCCUGGCUGAUUGCAUGCCAGAGCUUGGCCAUGUCACUGCUUAUAGCUGGCUUUAAAACGUCAAGCUCAGCAGAACCACCUGAAGAACCCCCUGAGAAACAGACAUUACCAGCUAGAGUUCCCAUUGCACCAGGCCUCUGCUGGAGCAGCCACCAGUGCCCCUGUGCUGCUUGUGCCUGUGCUUCCCAGCAGAGAUGAAAGGUGAUUCAGACGGAAAUAUUUAUCCUUUACAUCCAUAGAAAUAAACGUGGCAUAGCACAUGUUGGUAGUUUUUGUUGUAGUUUGAUGAUUUAUUUCUUUGUUAUUUGUUUUUUAAACAGCUUUCUACUUUGGUUUCUGCCUGCACAGAAAUCCAGUGCAAGGCACAGGUUGGUCAAUCUAGCUCUAAACAGGCACCGACUGUCUUUGUAUUGCAUUUUAUAUGGACUUUAGGACUAUAAAACUCACAUCCUCCCUUCUUAACACUGGCAUUGCUGCAAAGGGCAGACACUGAUGGCAGUGGUGGGCACUCAGACACACAUCUCAUUUACCCUUGGGACCAAACAGCUACAGCUUGGCCCUGGGAGAGAUCUGCCCUCGAAGCAGGGACCAAGAUGCUGUCCUUGUUUCUGGUACUGUCCUUUUCCUGUAACAUCGAAUUUCAUAUCCAUCUCAUAGUCCAUUUCCUACUUCAUCAAGUAAAGUUUCAUCCUAAUUUUGAGAUUUCCUUUAAUUCACUAUAAUUAUUGUGGAAGGUGCUGUUCUGGACAUACCUUAG